GAUCCUAAUAAGGUUAAUAAUCUUGAGUCUAAAGUUGUACAAAUUGCUGAAGAGAACAUAAAUUUACAAGUUGAGUUAUCCAACAAAAUAUCUCAAAUAGAAGAAUUGUCUACUCAACUUAACUCACAAAAUAAAGAAAUGAGCCUACAUUUUGGAGGUAAAAAAAAUUGCAGUGUUUCCAAAAGUAUUAUGGCAGAUACACAUAUAAGUGAAAAUGAACAAAUGCGUAGAGCAAUUCAAAAUGAAUCAAAUACUUUAGCUUCAUUACAAAUGUCUUAUCAUAAUCAAGAUAAUUCUGUUCAUGAGCCAUCAAUGUUGAAUUUGAGUCUUCCCUCUCCAUUGACUAAGGAUAAUAGAAAUUUGCAAAAUUCAAUGAGUGAGGAGUUGAAGUCAGCAUUAGCAAACAUCAAGCUGGAACUAGAAGAAAAAAAUUCUUUGAUUAAAAUAAUGGAAAAGGAUGCAGAACGUAUGGAUCAACAACUUGCAGAAUUUAAAGAAAUUACAAAAAUAUUAAAUGUCGAAAAACUUGCUCUAGAAAGCCACAACCGUGCUCUAAUUGAAAAUGAAAUGAUUUUAACUGAGAAGUUAAAUGAUGUAGUAACACAACUUGAAAAUAAACAAGAAACUCUAAAUGAACUUGAAACUUUAGGAGUAAAAUUAAGAGCUGAAAUACAACCAUUAGAAUAUAUGAAAAAUAAUUUAGAAAAAAAAAUUUCUGAAUUCAAGGAUUGUAAUAAUAUACAAUCAGAGAAAAUCAAAUGUUUAGAAAAGAUUAAUGAAGAACUUAUUAAUGAACGUGAUCACUUAAAAAAAAAUCAAAAAGACUUAGAAGAAUUAAAAUCUUUAGAGCAUGAUAAUUGGACAUUAAAAAAUGAACUGUUAAAUACCGAAAAGUUUAAAGUGGAAGUGGCUGAAAAAUUAGAAGAGUUAAAGAAUGAAUAUGACCAAUUAAAAUCCAACAAUUUAACUUUGAUGGACAAUAUUAAGAAUCUAAAAUUAGAUAAAGAUCGUUUAAAGAAUGAAUUAAAAAGAAAUGAAGAAUUACAUAUAAAUGAGCUUAAUGGUUACAGAAAUUUGUUAAAUGAAGAACAAAAUAAAAAACACCAAACUAACAUGGAGCUAUUGAAAACCAUUGGAGAAUUGACUAAUCAAGCUUCUGAACAACAUCAAUUAAUAUCUGGAAUACAAGAAAAUAAAGAAUUUGAAGUUACAUACACCUUUUCAGAUUUUGAUUCAGAAAAUACCAUUUCUAUCCCACUUAAAAAUAAUAUAAAAGCUCUUGAAAAUGAACUUGAAUAUGAACGUAAAAUUAAUUCAGAUCAGCAAAGAGAUAUCUUGGAUAAAGAUGCUGAAAUAGAGCUUUUAAAUACUAUAAAAAAAUUUCAAGAAGAAAAAAUAGCUGACUAUAUGCAUAGGAUACAAGAACAAUCAGAUAAUAAUACAAAAUUGGAAUUAACUUUAACCAAAUUAGAAAAUUAUAUUAAAGUAUUAGAAAAUAAGAUUGAAAUCUUUCAAGCCAAAGAACUUCAUAGAGUUAAUGAUGAUCUUGUGGAGAAACUUGAAAAUGAUUUAAAAAAAUUAUUGAAUACAAAUGAAAUUUUAGAUAAAGAAUUAACAAGAAUUUUAGACAUCAAAGAAGAAACUGAUCAAAAACUAAUUGAAGCAUAUAAUCAAAUAGCUGAAUUUGAGACUUCUAAAAAUAGAAUAUCUGUUUUAUUGGAACAAUUAGAAAAUAAAAAUAAAAUCAUUGAGGAAUUUCAGUGUCAAUUAAGUAAUGUUGAAACUAUUGUAAAAAGUCAACAAGCUAAAGCUGAGGAAGAUAGAAGAUUAUUGGAACUUAAAGUUGUUGAGUUACAAAAUGAACUUAAAAUCAAAAAUCAAAAAUAUCUGGAAAUAAUAAAUGAUUAUGAAGUUCUAAAAAACUAUAUUAUUAAAAAACAACAAAUAACUGACGGUGUAAAUUUAGUUUCUGAAAGGAAUGACAAUUUGGAAUUGAAAUUAGAGGAUGCAAAAAAAAAUAUAUUUGAGUGGCAGAAUAAAUAUAAUGGAUUACUUAAUGAAAACCUUGAAAUAAAAAAUAAAUUUGAAACGUUAGAUUCUGAAUGCGGUCAUUUAAAAAAUAAAAUCACAGAACUUCAAAAUAAGCUUAUGUUAAGUGAUCACUAUAAAAACAGAUUGAAGGAUGAUAUUCAAGACAUUAUUACACCAGUAGAUUUAGAACAAAAAAAUUUGAAAUUAAUAUUAAAUUUGGAAACUGAAAAUGCGUCACUUAAUAAAAAUCUAACAGAAACUCGUGAAAAGUACAAUAAAUGCAGGGCCCAUCUUGAAGAAAUAAAAACUAUGUUAACUAAACAGAAUUUUAAAGAUAUUGUGAAAGAAAACAUUGAUCUUUGUAAUAUAAGGGAUGAAUUAAAAAAAGAAAUUUCUGAUUUAAAAAUUUGCAAUCAUGAUUUAAGUAAAAAAAUAUUAGAAUUGGAAAAGGGGAAAAACCGUUGGCCAAUAAUUUGUAAUCACAACUUAACACGAAUUGAGACACUUUACCAUUCAUUAGUUUGGCAAAAGAUGUAUCUGGUGAAGUUGGCAAGAGGAAAAGACAAAUUACUCAGGUUUAUAAUUCAAGAAUGGCCUGAAUUGGAUAAUAGUAUUGUCAAAACAAUGAUGCAAAGAAUUUGUGCGAAGAGAAAGAUAUCUAAGUUCAAGACUGUAGCUAUUUGUCUAAUAGCUGUACAACGUAUGAGAAUGAUUACUAUGAAACAUGUACAUUCUCAAUUUGAUCUCACACAAUCUCAACUCGAUCAAACACAUUACAGCUUACCAAGAAAAAUGCCAUGGAUUAAAUGUUAAUAAGUUUAUAAACAUAAUGAAUUCCCUUUUAGGUGCCGUGAUAGUUUGUAGAUUUAUAUAAUUUCAUAAUUUUUUUUAACUUUUUUUAUAUAGUACAAAUUCUUUUUAUACAUAUCAUGUAAGU